CCGACUAGCACGUGAACGCGGUAUCAUUCCCUCUCUGCCUGCUGCAGCUGAGCACUGUCUUCGGCUUUUGAUCAAUGAUUGGCUGGGCAAAUAAUGGGCGGGCUUGAGGAAAGAAUUGGCAUUGCCACUCUAGUCCAGCUCCAGUCCAGCUUUUCACUCUUUUACAGUUCAGUUUGGUUCCAGAACAGGGUACUUUUUUUCUCUCCUCCUCUCUCUCUUUCCUUCUCUUCCUCUGCAACCAACCAUGAGGAUCACCUUGGUGACAGUGGCCACGGCGAUGGUGUGUUUGAUGGGUGUCUAUGGAGACGUGCAGCCUCAGAGAGACUUCGACCUGCAGAGGGUGAGACCAGAAUCAAAUCAAAUCAAAGUUUAUUUAUUGCGUACACAGAGCGCAAUGUUAAAGCAGGUGCAGCGAAACACUUGUGUUUCUAUCUCCAGCAGUGCAGUAAAUAUCUAACAGUACAAUACUAAUACACAAAUAAUCAACAACAAAAAAAGAAACAAGAAAUUAAGAAAUAUCGGAAUGAGCAAUGUCAGAGUCCAUGCUGCUUCCUUCUUUCAACUGCUUGCUUUCAUUACCCAGGAUGCAUCAGUGAAGCUCCGCUUCCACAAGACAUUUCACAUCACACUAUCUGUGUAAUCUAAUCUUUGAGGGAAAUAAUUAAGCUAAUUUUAAGGGGGCAAUAGUAAACCCUCUUGGCCUACUGUUGUCUUGGUUUUUCAUUAGGUGGCACAUAACUUUAAAGGGCAACUACACUUCCUGAUUUGGUUUUAGAUUUGGUUCAUUAAGAAAUGCUGGCGGCCAUGUCUGAAUUAAAACGUGAGUUGGUUUCGGGGUGUGGUUUGAUGUGAUGUCUCGUGUGUGUGUUGGUAGGUGGGAAGAGUUAGCCAAAUUAUUUAGCCAAUUAGCUUCAGCCAGCUGGUGUGCGAGCGUGGCAAAAUUGGUUUGACUUUGGAUAGCCUAUAUACGGGGCUAGUUACGGGCCGUCAAUAAAUUACACAAUAUAAAUUAGUCAACAUUUUCAUGAUGCACACCUUUGAGUUUUCUCAUUAAAUGCUUUCAAUAUUUGUAUAUUAAUUUCUACAAUUUUAUAAUUGGUUUGAGGUUUUAAGUCAUUGAAAUGUUUACAUAUUGUCCCACAGGCAUUACAAUUGGGUCGCGUACAGCUGCACUCCGAAUUGAUGAUUACUUGUGUGCUGCCAGCUGGGGGCAUGUGGGCAGGAUUGAGACAAACCCAACCUUCAUUUAUGUUGUGAUUCAAUCACGACCACAAGUCUCACAAAACUCUGUUUUGGACAACACUGAAUUUAUGAUCAAAAUUAUCCUAUUUACACUUUUUAGUCAAUUUUGACAGUAGAAUAAAUGUUUCUGACUCAUAUCGAUGCCACAUAGGCUGUUUUCUAAAUAAGAAAUUGUUUUUUAGGGGCAGUUGCUCUUUAACCUCGACCUCUAGUACGUGAGUCUAUUAUUUAAAUAAGUCCUAGACAUGUUCCCCGACCCCACAUUAGGACAAAGGCUGAGGCUGAACUCAAAGCAAACAGUGCUAGGGGUCAAAGGUCAGGUGGACAGCAGGGUUGCAACACAGAUAGAAUGACUGGCAAUGCGUGCCAAGUUCCCUCGGCCCAUGGGGUGGACACACUGGACAGACACACACAUAGAACUAACUGCCUUAUGAUAUAAAUAUCUAAAUGACUUAGAGACUCUUCCUGUUGUUCACACUGUUAAAAGAGACAAAUUGCUGCUGCCCUAUGUACAUAGACAUGGAACACUGGCCACUUUAACAAUGGGACACUGGUCACUUUAAUAAUGUUUACAUACUGUUUUACCCAUUUCAUAUGCAUAUACUGUAUUCUAGUCAAGGCCAUCCUAUUCAACUAUUGCUGUACAUAUGCUAUUCUAUCCACGUAUUCUUCAGGUAGGUUUGACUCCCUAUGUGUAGCCUACUGUCUGUAUGUUAUGUUCAGUUUGCACAAAAUGCCGUAUGACUGGGUAGGGUUACUCUUAUAGAGUAGCUCUGAUAGAGCAACUCCAGUGGGUUUGACUCCCUCUGUGUGUUUUUUAUUUAUUUAACCUGUAUUUAGGCAGGGAAGUCCCGUUGAGACCCAUGUCUCUUUUGUAAGGGAGCCCUGCAUCACAAAAGCCGCAAACAAUACAAACUGUACUGUCUGCGUGUUGGCCUGGUGUAUGACUCUCAAGGCUUAGGUAGGGCUCUGGUAGAGCCACUCUGGUAGGUUGACUUGUAGGUUUGACUCUGUCUACAGUGCAUUCGGAAAGUAUUCAGACCCCGUGACUUUUUCCACAUGUUGUUACGUUACAGCCUUAUUCAUCAAUCUACACACACUACCCCAUAAUGACAAAGCGAAAACGUUUUUUUAGACAUUUUUGCACAUUUAUUAAAAUUAAAAACUGAUAUCACAUUUACACAAGUAUUCAGACCCUUUACUCAGUAUUCGUUGAAGCACCUUUGGCAGCGAUUACAGCCUCGAGUCUUCUUGGGUAUGACACUACAAGCUUGGCACACCUGUAUUUGGGGAGUUUCUCCCAUUCUUCUCUGCAGAUCCUCUCAAGCUUUGUCAGGUUGGAUGGGGAGCGUCGCUGCACAGCUAUUUUCAGGUCUCUCCAGACAUGUUAGAUCGGGUUCAAGUCCGGGCUCUGGCUGGGCCACUCAAGGACAUUCAGAAACUUGUCCCGAAGCCACUCCUGCAUUGUCUGUGUGCUUAGGGGCUUUGUCCAGUCUGAGGUCCUGAGCGCUCUGGAGCAGGUUUUCAUCAAGGAUCUCUCUGUACUUUGCUCCGUUCAUCUUUCCCUCGAUCCUGACUAGUCUCCCAGUCCCUGCCGCUGAAAAACAACCCCACAGCAUGAUGCUGCCACCACCAUGCUUCACCGUAGGGAUGGUGCCAGGUUCCCUCCAUACGUAACGCUUGGCAUUCAGGCCAAAGAGUUCAAUCUUGGUUUCAUCAGACCAGAGAAUCUUGUUUCUCAUGGUCUGAGAUUCCUUUAGGUGUCUUUUGGCAAACUCCAAGCGGGCUGUCAUGUGCCUUUUACUGAGGAGUGGCUUCCGUCUGGCCACUCUACCAUAAAGGCCUGAUUGGUGGAGUGCUGCAGAGAUGGCUGUCCUUCUGGAAGGUUCUCCCAUCUCCAUAGAGAAACUCUGGAGCUCUGUCAGAGUGACCAUCGAGUUCUUGGUCACCUCCCUGACCACCUGAGCAAGGCCCUUCUCCCCCGAUUGCUCAGUUUGGCCGGGCGGCCAGCUCUAGGAAGAGUCUUGGUGGUUCCAAACGUCUUCCAUUUAAGAAUGAUGGAGGCCACUUUGUUCUUGGGGACCUUCAAUGCUGCAGAAAUGUUUUGGUACCCUUCCCCAAAUAUGUGCCUCGACACAAUCCUGUCUCUGAGCUCUACAGACAAUUAUUUUGACCUCAUGGCUUUGUUUUUGCUCUGACAUGCACUGUCAACUGUGGGACCUUAUAUAGACAGGUGUGUGCCUUUUCAAAUCAUGUCCAAUCAAUUGAAUGUUCCACAGUAGGACUCCAAUCAAGUUGUGGAAACAUCUCAAGGAUGAUCAAUGGAAACAGGAUGCACCUGAGCUCAAUUUCGAGUCUCAUAACAAAGGGUCUGAAUACUUUUGUAAAUAAGGUAUUUCUGUUUUUAUUUUUAAUUUUUUUUAGAAUAAGGCUGUAACGCAACAAAAUGUGGAAAAUGUCAAGGGGUCUGAAUACUUUCCAAAUGCACUGUAUUUGUUCAGUUUGCAGGGAUGUGGUACUGUGUGGGCCUGGCUUAUGACUCCCCAGGCUUCAACUCCUACAGAUAUAGUACCCUUUCUACCCUCUCUGUCAAUCUGUUUUAUCUUUAUCUAGGUUUCUCUAUGGUUUCUACUCUCUCUGUCUGUGUAUUCAGUUUGCAGGGAAGUGGUACCGUGUGGGCCUGGCGUAUGACUCCCCAGGGUUCACUGCCCUAUACAGAGACAAGCUGAGAGUGUCCAUGGGCAUCCUGAAUCCACAGACCAACGGCAAUGUCAACCUCACCAUGUGGACCCAGAGGUGGGCAGGAACACAUAAUUAAAUACAACACUAGAAUGAACAUUGGCAUCCUGGCAAAAUAACUACAGGACAGACAUCUUGAUCAGGUCAUUGAAAAUGUACUAAAAAUGGGCAUGCACAUUCAUAUCAUAUGUUAUUUUUUGCUUGUGUGAAGAUCGUCAGGUUGCCGCAGUAAGUUUUACACGUACGAGAAGACAGCGAUACCUGGCGCCUUCACCUAUUUCAGCACCCGUGAGUCUUCUGUCUGCCAGCACUAAUGCAAUGCAUCCAAAUAACAAACCAGCAAAACUGUACUGCAGGGGUCUUCAACAGGUGGCAAAGUUCGAGCCCACAGGUGAUUUCUGAGCAAUUUCUUUUAUAAAAAUCAACUCAAUGUGAUUUUAAUUUAGGAAAUAUCUUCCCAAGUAUUCCCACACAUAAAUAGAGAGACAUAUGUGAUGGUAUCACAAUGUAAUCAAGGUUUGAAAUUAUUAUGUUUUUGUCAAAUUCUAUAUCUGUUUGGGAUCUUGCGGUCAAUCUGCAGUGUACAAUUGAUUUAUAAUUAUUUUUCUGCACCCCGACCAUCCGCUCAAGACAAAAUCAUCCCACAGCUGAAUGUAGUUGGGGACCCCUGCUGUACAGAGCUGGUGAUCUUUGAGUUGGUAUUGUAAGUCGUUAAAAAAUAUAUAUAUAUAUAUUUGUGUUUUUCCAGGCCAUAACAAAGUGAAGGACAUCACGGUAGUGGAGACCAACUAUAAUGAAUAUGCACUGGUCCUGAAGCACAAGAAGAUGGACAGAGAGUACACACAGGUGGCCCUCUAUGGUAAGUCUGCUCUUCAGGUAGAGGUGUGACCGACCAGGUUUAAACCUGGGUCUCCCGUGCACCAAAAGACUGUGCUAGCCCACUGAGAUUAAGUCUAGGCCCAAGAUUUUGGCAAUUAGGCCGUUUUUUCUACUUACCCAGAGUCAGAUGAACUCAUGGAUACAUUCUGUAUGUCUCUACGUGCAGUUUGAAGAUCAUUUAACUUAGCUUAUUGUUAGCUUAGCGCAAUGACUGGAGGGCAAGGUUCACCUAACCAACUAUGUUAUGUAGGCUUAGAAUGGGGCAAUAUGCUCAUAUACCAGGCAGAUCUCUCAAGAGUGAAUUUGAAAUUGAACGUCUAUCUAUGUACUGAGGACGUUAAAAAAAAUGCCUUCAAAACCGGCCACUAGGGGCAACUGUGAGCACUAUUACCAUCAAGUAGGCUUGGGUUUUGCCAGGGCGUUGUCGACGAGGGUGGCGGAUGAGCGUAAUCCCAUGACUUCAGAUAGAUGUAAUCCCAUGACUCCAGAUCAGAAGGUCAGGUGUUCAAUCCCAGUAUUGGACACUCGUAUUUAUUACAAAAUGUUUAACCCUUACCUUAACCAUUCGGAAUGAGUGCCUAAACUUAUUGUUUUAACCCUAUCCAAAACCUUAACCCUUAACCUUAACUUCGAAAUUUGACAUUUGGAGCAACUUCAAAAUUGGACGUUUGGAGAAACGGAACAAUGCUGAGCAGGAGGAGUCAACUCAGAGUGUCAAAAACACUUUCAAAUUUGACAUUUGGAAAAACAUGGAUAAAUGUCUAAUUCUGGAGUGAGACUGUACAUUGUAUUUGUGGAAAUAUAUAUUUGCUUCUAUUAAAUGUUGCCAUUCGCCUGUAUGCCUGCAGGUCGUUCUCAGAAGGUGAAGAAUGAUGUGAUUCAGAAGUUUAGAGAUUUCGCCACAUCUCGUGGAUUUCCUAAGGACGCCAUUCUGACCCCACCACCUGCAGGUAGUAGCCUAAGUAUGGAGACACACACACAUACACACAGUCCCUACAUUUCUCGUCUCUAAGCUGUACGACUGAAAGCAGACAGUCUUGUGUGUAUCACAACGUUGUUUUGCUCUUUGUUGUUUACAGAGAACUGUCCUCCCGCUGGACGCUAGGUGAGUCAAUGGACAUCCUUUCUACAGACAUGUUGUUGAUAACUGACUACAAUGACUGGAACACCUGAUAUUUGAAUGAACUGUCGGUUUUGUUUUUGUGUUCUCCUUCAGAUCAGAACAACAUCAUGAUUGAUUUGCUUCGCCUUACCAGUUUCCCAGCACUUAUUAGACAUUCGUCUUUCCAUUGGAGUACAGCAUCAGGAUUUGCUUCACCUUUACACCAUACGUUUCACUGUUCAACAACAGAACUUCAUCACGCUUUACCGCACACGUGGUAAAUAGUAUAACAACUAAUGAUAGAUGCACUUUUAGACACCCCAUCUUAUUUUAUUAUCUAUAUCCUCUCUGAUGUCUGUCUGUCUCUUGUCCCCUCAGUACAACGGACUGUUACAUUCGUUUUCCAUUCUGAAUCCGAUAAACAAGGGACAUCAUUGUAUUGUGUAACGCUGCUAUGGCUGAAUAAAUGCUAGUGUUCCUCUGUCUA